CCGGAACUGUAGGCACGGGCGCAGACAGAUUUGCAUGAGAAAAAUGGGAUAAAUAACUUUUAAUUGUUGCUUAAUUGAAUAAAUUUAACUAACGGUUAGCGCGAAAAAAAUCCUUAAUUUAAUGUUGCAUGUAUCCUUAUAUAAAUAUCAAUUACUGCAGUACUGCUUUGUUUACAAAUGGCUGAAGUUUAGCCAAGCUCAUUCAUGUAAAAUUUUAUAUUGUAACGUCUCUCAAAUUUUAUUAUAAUUUGCGUGGCCUAUCUUCAAGAUGACUGAUGCAUUUGGCUCAAUCACUUGGUGGGGAUUUAGUCCUGCAAUAGACCUACUUGAUGAAGAUCAUAUUAGAGCUAUGAAAGAGAUGAACAUGGAAGACACAAAGACGAGAGAGCUCAAUGUGUUAUUAAUUGGAGCUGGUGAUUUGCGCCAUGUUAUGAUGACAGUAGCAAAAUCCUACAGACAUAGAAAAAAGAAAUUGAAUUUUUAUAUCUUGGAGAACAACUUGGAGCUUUAUGCAAGAGACAUGCUAUUUCUAACUAUUGCCCUAGAACCUCAGUACAGAAUGGGAUUACAAGAAAAGAUGGAGCUGUUCCUUGAAAUAUAUGGGAAUAUUCUGGUGAGAAAACAGUGCGAGGAGUACGUUGUCAAAAUGGCGUCGGAACUCAUCAAAAUGGUUACAGAUUUAAACUAUCUGGAAAGGAAACUACCUCCCAUAGAUCUCAGUCAGCUGAAGUUGAAAGAAAGAGAUUUCUUAGAAGCAAUAUUCAAGUUUUGGAGAAACAGAGAUAUAAAAGGAGUUUUUGAAGUAUCAGCUUACUGGGAUUUAAGACAGAGACAGUACCUUGGGGUAAGAUAUGACACAAGGACCAAUGUAUAUGACUGGGAUUAUAAUAUGAGAUUAUCACAAAGAGAUGCAGAGAUUAUCAAUUCACAUGAGUAUCGAUCCUGGAGAAGUACAGGAGUAGCAUUUGAAGUUAGGGAAGGUGAUUAUGAUGUUCCAAAUAAAACACUGGCUUCUGGUCUCAUUCUCACACAAGGUGGGGAGAAACAUGCAAAAAGAGGUUACUGGGGUGAUAUACUUGUUAGUCCAUAUGUUCCAUUGGGCAUACAGUGUGAGAACAAAUCUUUCUUCACAAAAGCAAAUAAACAAUUUACAAAGACUUCAUCUAAUGUAGCUGAGUACAAUGUAAUAAAUAUCCAUGUUCCAUGUUUAUAUUCAAAUGAACCAUAUGUAUUACCUGAACAAAAGAUAGAAGCUGCAGAUACACAACAAUCAGCUGGACCAACAGUCACUGAAAUCCUUGAGGAAGAUGAGGCUGGUAAGGAACAAGAACUGGAGGAAAAUGAAGCUGAAGAAAAGACAGAUGUGAAGGCAGAGUAUAGCAAGGAAGUGAAAGGUGCUGAAUCAGUGGAGAAUAAACCUCUGGAGGCAGAAUAUGUGCCAUUGCCUUUAGAGGAUGUAAAGAUUACAUUUCUGCCUGUAGGCUCUUUGAUAGAUCUAUGCAAGAAAAGCAAAUAUAAAGAACUCUUUCACAUCAUUUACUUUUCAAACAGUAUGGUACAUCUACUGAAGCCAGAGAUCAGCUUGUUGUUUGCAGACAGAGCAACAGUCAUCAUGGAAUCAGCAAGGUAUAUGUUGGAGUUGAAACUAGAGCAAGUGAAGAUGUUUGUAGAAAAAGUUCGUGGAAUAGCUGCAGCUGCUGGAUGCACACCUAUGGAAGAAUUUGAUCCUGAAAAAUCAAACUUCAUCAAGAUGUUAUUUGAAAGGAAAGGCACUUGAAAGAUACAGUAACGUUAACAAGGAUGUGUUGAUGUGAACCUGCUGAUAAUGUUCCAUCUGUGUCUAAAGUAACUGUUACAGUUAUGAAAGAGAAGAAAUUGAAACAGACAUAAAUAUUGGAGAUUUAAAAUCUAUGCACAAGGGGUUUUCUACAUACAUAAAACAUACAUAGAUACCAUUUUCUUCAACAUUAAAGUGACCUGUAUGAAGGCUGAUUAAAAAAUGAAAAUGCUA